AUGUGUGUCACCAACGUAUAUGUCGACCGUUACCCAGACGGCCACGCGGUCACCUUCCGACAGACCUCGACCUGCCAGUAUGGCUCCCCAGGGCGCCCUUGCCCAACCCUCUCCGUGGUCGAGAACCCCGUCCGGAAGAUUACCUGGGGCGAGCCCUCCACCGAGCACAUGCUCACCCGCUCAUUCCCCCUCCCAGCUCAGCGCCCGCUUACCCCACCACGCUCCCCCAGCUCCCAUCGUCGACAGUCGUCCUCAGAAUCCUCAGGACACCGACGCAAGCAUUCCAAGCGGGUGCUCUCUCCGCUGCGCCCAACCCGCCAGCACCGGAAGGAGCGCAUCGUGAUUGUCGACUCUCCUCCCACCCCGAGAACCCCCCCACAGCUCUACAACCAGACCUUCACCGCGCCCCCUUCCCCCGUCUCGCAACCCUUCCACCAUGAACAUAGGCACCACCACCAACACCCUAUCAUCGUGGAUGAGCGCCCUCUCCGCCGUACCCCAAGCAACGGCGCCGUCGUCUCGGAACGCCCAGCCCAAUCUCGCCGGCCACGCUCCCAGACGCGUCAGAACCCGAUGUGGGACUCUCCCUCCAGCUCCCACACAUCCUUCAACUCCCGCCUGCGAUACGAGGAGGAGGAACUCGAGAGACAGCGCGAGCUCCAGCGGGAACUAGAACGCGAGCGGAUUGAGCGUGCCGCUUCAGAGCGACAGAGAGAGAGACUCCUCCGGGAGCGGGAGGAACGCCUUCAGAGGGAGAAGGAGCUCGAGGCUAAACUCCGAAAGGAAGCCUUGAUCAAAGCCCAGGAUGAGGAGAUCCGACGUCGCCCAGCCGUCCCACUUGCGCCGAUCCCGGCGCUGAGACGCCAGCAGCGACCACUUGUCGUGGCGCAGGAUUUGCCAACGAUGAUGGGCGCACUCGCAAUCGAGGAUGAGGAAGGCGACAAAGAAGCCAUGAAAAGGCGACUAAGGGAAAGACAGCUGCCAAAGCGACGCUUCAGCGUCGGGCCAGGAUAUCGGAGACACCGAGUCGCCUAUGAUGAUGGCAUGUAUCGCUGGGAGUGA